AUGGUCCAAAUUUCUGUUUCUGUUAUGAUAUUAGGAGCAGUAAUUGCUGCAAUAAACGACUUCACCUUUAAUUUUAUUGGCUACUUUGCCGUACUAAUUAAUAACCUAUCAAGUGCUUUAAAUGGGGUUUACACGAAGAAAAAAAUCGAGACUAAGGAACUCGGCAUUUUUGGCCUCAUGUUUUAUAACGCAUUAGUAAUGACUAUACCGGCAAUCCUUCUAACAUCUUACCAAGGGGAUUUCAACAAUGCUCUAAACUAUAGCGGGUGGAGUGAUUACUAUUCUACUAUGUGCUUUAUGGCAUCAUGUGUUUUAGGAAUCGUCCUUGUAUAUUCGACAAUGUUAUGUACAAAAUAUAACACUGCCCUAGCAACUUCAAUUAUAGGGUGUUUAAAGACAACAGCGAUCAAAUACCAGCCGCUGCCUGAUUACAUGCCGGCAGGAAAUCCCUAUCUUGCAUAA